UCAUGGGUUGGACUCAAUGAUAUCAGAAGUCUUUUCCAAACUGUUUGAUUCUGUGACUCUUUGAUUCUUAAGAAGGUGGAAUUACCUAAUUAAUAGCCUUUAUGCCACCAUUGCUGAGUAAAGAAGUCUCAGCACUGGUGACAGACAAUGUAAAGGAGAAUAUACAAACUGCAUUAACAGAAGCUGUCUAUUCCUAAUUGGUGUAACCAUAUUUAGCACUGGUUGAGAUGGCCAGUGAGGCAGAAAUCGCCUACAUAACAAAUUCCUUUCAGCUUUAUUUGCUUUUGCUGUUUGUCAUCAUGAGACAAAUGGCUAUCAUUAUUUGAGUAACAAAUCAAGCUUUUACACAUUCAACCUCAGUGAUUUGUGUCCUUUUCCUGUUUUAUCAACAAGACAACGUCCAUGUGAGGGUAGUGUAUUCCAGGAAGCCUGUACCAGUGCCUACCAAAAAGGUUUUCCUUGUUUUCCAUACAGGAAAAAAAGCAUUCAUGAAUGAAGAAGAGACCUCGUGUUUAUAUGAGGAUACAGUUUCAGAGCUCUCAGUUGGAGAAUGGAUGCCUAAACCACAGUGUUGGGGAGGAGAGAAAAACCAGCUGUCUAAGCAUGUUUACUUCAAGUGACAAGGAAGUUCUAACUUGUCCCUAAGUGGUGACUCACUUGGCUGGGACUAUAAAAGUAAAGGUAACUGCUCUCUGAAACAUCAGGGCUACAGAUUUCAGAAAUCCAACAUGAUGCAAUCAAGACUUUCAGCUGUUUUCUUUUUCUUGUUAGGUUUGUCCUUUUGCCUGACAAUCCCUAUUCCUCUCGAAGACAGCCAUGAAUUCACAGAGAAAGACCUUCAGUUUGCAGAGCGCUAUCUCAGGACUCACUAUGACCUCCGUCUGAAUCCUGCUGGCAUAAUAAGAAAGAGUGGUAACACAGUGGCAUCUAAACUUCGGGAAAUGCAAGCUUUUUUCGGCUUGGAGGUGACAGGGAAACUAGAUGAAGAAACAUACGAGCUGAUGCAGAAACCAAGAUGUGGUGUCCCAGAUGUGGGGGAAUAUAACUUUUUCCCUAGAAAACUCAAAUGGUCAAAAAUGAAUUUGACAUACAGAAUUAUGAAUUACACUUCAGAUCUGAGACGUGCUGAAGUAGACCGAGCUUUCAAAAAAGCAUUUAAAGUUUGGUCUGAUGUGACACCACUGAACUUCACCAGAAUACGAAGCGGUAUAGCUGAUAUCAUGAUCUCCUUUGGCACUAAAGAACAUGGUGACUUUUACCCUUUCGAUGGACCCUCUGGAUUACUGGCUCAUGCUUUCCCCCCGGGUCCAGACUAUGGAGGAGAUGCCCAUUUUGAUGAUGAUGAAACUUGGUCAGACGAUUCUAGAGGCUAUAAUUUGUUUCUUGUUGCUGCCCAUGAAUUUGGUCAUUCACUGGGACUUGAACACUCUAGAGACCCUGGAGCUUUGAUGUUUCCAAUUUACACAUACACUGGAAAAACUGGUUUUGUUCUUCCUGAUGAUGAUGUGCAAGGGAUCCAAGAACUCUAUGGUGCUGGAGACAAAGAUCCCAACCCGAAACAUCCCAAAACACCAGAGAAAUGUGAUGUAGAAUUAUCACUUGAUGCAAUAACAGAACUUCGUGGAGAGAUGCUGGUCUUCAAGGACAGGUUUUUCUGGAGACUGCACCCUCAGAUGGUCGAGGCAGAACUGGUGUUACUUAAGUCGUUUUGGCCAGAGCUUCCAAAUAAAAUAGAUGCAGCUUAUGAAAAUCCCAUCAAAGAUCUUGUAUUCAUGUUUAAGGGAAAGAAAGUCUGGGCUUUGAAUGGCUAUGAUAUAGUUGAAGACUUUCCUAAAAAGAUAUAUGAAAUGGGAUUCCCAAAAGAAAUGAAAAGAAUAGAUGCAGCUGUCCAUAUUAAAGACACUGGCAAGACUCUCUUUUUUACUGGAAAUAAGUACUGGAGUUAUGAUGAAGAGGCAGAAAUUAUGGAAGCAGGCUACCCCAGGCUCAUAGAGGAAGAAUUCGCUGGAAUUGGUGAUAAAGUGGAUGCAGUCUAUGAAAGAAAUGGUUAUCUCUACUUCUUCAAUGGACAACUGCAGUUUGAAUACAGCAUCUGGAGCAAAAGAAUUGUCCGUGUCCUGCAUACUAACUCCCUAUUUUGGUGCUAAUUACAGCUGAGUUCCAUGUCAUCGGCUGCAGAGCAGCUUGUAGUACAUGGAAAUAAUAAUAAUGCGGGCAUAUAGGUUUACUAGAGGACAGCAAGGUUCCGUGAACAAGCACUGGGCUACCUACCACCAAAUGUAUACUGUAUAUAUGGAACUAUACAGCUGCAUGCCAGUCUGGAACUGAAUUAACUUAAUAGGAAAGGAGAAAAUAAAUCACUAGUAUUUCAAGGGGCAUUGCACCACUUAAACUUUGUCUAGUAUUGAAGUGAGAUGCUGGAUACAUCACACAUGAUCACGAACACUACUAAUUCCUGGUAAUCUGAGCAUGUCUAGCAUCUUUCAAAGAUCUCCUAGCAUGUCCCAAGAAAUACACCUGAUAAACCCAGGAGCAUUAUAUUUUUAAAGUAAUCCUUCAUCUCUUUUUGAAAUGCCUUUUAACAUACUAGGAAUUCAGGUGUGUAAUGAACGAGUGAGGACUGCAUGGUGACUCCCUGAGAAGGUAACACUAGGCCACACAAAUGAAGUUAGGGAAUUCAAAGGUAUUUGAAAGUAUCCCCAUUUGACUAGAAAUGUCUCCUUGGAAGCAGAUGCACAUGUCAUCUCUAGAACAAGCAGAAGGUACAGAAGUAGUGAGGUGUCAUUCCAAAGGAGACAGCAAACAGGAAAAGGGAAAACUACUGCCUGCAGAAAUCAUCAGUCUGGAUGAUACUGGGGAAACUAGAAAGAAGCAGCAACAAGAGAGAGAACCAUGCAGGUUGAAGACUUGCAUGAUGCUACAUCUGGUAUCACAGCUCAUGUUUUCAGCUGAUGUAAACUGAAGUGACGUCUAUAGAGGUCAUGCCUAGCUGUGCCAGAAGAGAACAUGAACAUCCAAAUCAAAAUAUUGAAAAGAAUAUAUUUUUUCAUGUUUGUUACUCUUUUAAUAUCUAUAUCAGUUGCUUCAGUACAUUGUAAGUUUUUGGUCUGGUUGGGUUUUUUUAAUCAAUGGAAAUUAUGUGGGACUGUGAAUAUUUUUUCAAUUUUAGAGAAUAAUAUUAAAUAAACUGAAGAAAUAA